AUGUCUCUCUUCCGCAACAUCAACCACAACGGCGAAUUUGCCCCCCUGUUCCGUCUGCUCGAUGAUUAUGAUGUCCACCGCUCAAACCAGGGCCAGACCACAACUCGCUCAUUCGCUCCUCGAUUUGAUGUUCGAGAGAGCGACGAUGCUUACCACCUUGAUGGUGAGCUUCCUGGAAUUGCCCAGAAGGACAUCGAUAUCGAGUUCGCCGACCCGCAGACUUUGGUCGUGAAAGGCAGAGUCGAGCGUGAGUACACCACCUCUGAGCCUCCAGUCGAAGAUAAGAGUGAUGAUCAGGUUGAGAAGACCGAGAAGACUAGCAGCAAGGAGAAGCCACGCUUCUGGGCCAGUGAGCGCUCCAUUGGCGAGUUCCAGCGUAACUUUGCCUUCACUACUCGUGUCGACCAGGACAAUGUCAAGGCUAGCUUGAAGAACGGCAUCCUUUCCAUUACUGUGCCUAAGCAGACCGCUUCUGCCACGAAGAAGAUCACUGUUGAGUAG